GCGGCGGUGGCUGCGGCGGCGGCGGCGGCGCUGAGGGCCCGCGGCCGAGGGAGGCGGUGCGCUGAACGGAACAUGGCUGAGAAGCAAAAGCUCGAUGGGAGGGUGAAGAUCGGACAUUACGUGCUGGGGGACACACUGGGCGUCGGCACCUUUGGCAAAGUGAAGAUUGGAGAACACCAGUUGACAGGCCAUAAAGUGGCAGUUAAGAUCUUAAAUAGACAGAAGAUUCGCAGUUUAGAUGUUGUUGGAAAAAUAAAACGAGAAAUUCAAAAUCUUAAACUCUUUCGUCAUCCUCAUAUUAUCAAACUAUACCAGGUGAUCAGCACCCCAACAGACUUUUUUAUGGUGAUGGAAUAUGUGUCUGGAGGUGAAUUAUUCGACUACAUCUGUAAACAUGGGCGGGUUGAAGAGGUGGAAGCCCGGCGGCUCUUUCAGCAGAUCCUGUCUGCUGUGGAUUACUGUCAUAGGCAUAUGGUUGUCCAUCGGGACCUGAAACCAGAAAAUGUGCUUCUGGAUGCUCAGAUGAACGCUAAGAUUGCUGACUUUGGACUCUCUAAUAUGAUGUCAGAUGGUGAGUUUCUGCGAACCAGCUGCGGAUCACCAAAUUAUGCAGCACCUGAGGUCAUCUCAGGAAGGCUGUAUGCGGGUCCCGAGGUUGAUAUCUGGAGCUGUGGCGUUAUCCUGUAUGCCCUUCUCUGUGGCACCCUCCCCUUCGAUGAUGAGCACGUGCCUACACUCUUUAAGAAGAUCCGAGGGGGUGUGUUUUAUAUCCCGGAGUAUCUCAACCGCUCUGUUGCCACUCUCCUGAUGCACAUGCUACAGGUGGACCCCUUGAAGCGAGCAACUAUCAAGGACAUCCGAGAACAUGAAUGGUUUAAACAGGAUUUGCCCAGUUACCUAUUUCCUGAAGACCCCUCCUAUGAUGCUAACGUCAUUGAUGAUGAGGCUGUGAAAGAAGUAUGUGAAAAAUUUGAGUGUACAGAGUCAGAAGUAACGAGCAGCUUAUACAGCGGCGACCCUCAAGACCAGCUUGCGGUGGCAUAUCAUCUUAUCAUCGACAAUCGGAGAAUAAUGAACCAAGCCAGUGAGUUCUACCUCGCCUCCAGUCCGCCAACUGGUUCUUUUAUGGAUGACAGUGCCAUGCAUAUCCCCCCAGGCCUGAAACCACAUCCUGAAAGGAUGCCACCUCUUAUAGCAGACAGCCCCAAAGCACGGUGUCCUUUGGAUGCACUGAACACAACGAAGCCCAAAUCUUUAGCUGUGAAAAAAGCCAAGUGGCAUCUUGGAAUCCGAAGCCAGAGCAAACCAUAUGAUAUUAUGGCUGAAGUGUACCGAGCUAUGAAGCAGCUGGAUUUUGAAUGGAAGGUAGUGAAUGCCUACCAUCUUCGAGUAAGAAGAAAAAACCCAGUGACUGGCACUUAUGUGAAAAUGAGCUUGCAGCUUUACCUGGUUGACAAUCGGAGCUAUCUUUUAGACUUUAAAAGCAUUGAUGAUGAGGUGGUAGAGCAGAGGUCUGGUUCCUCAACACCUCAGCGGUCCUGUUCUGCUGCUGGCCUGCACAGACCACGGUCAAGCUUUGAUUCCACCACAGCUGAGAACCACUCACUCUCGGGGUCCCUCUCUGGCUCUUUGACUGGAAGCACUUUGUCCUCAGCUUCCCCCCGCCUGGGCAGUCACACCAUGGAUUUUUUUGAAAUGUGUGCCAGUCUGAUCACUACUUUAGCUCGUUGAUAAUCUCCCACUGGUUUCUGUCUUUCUGUUACUGCACUGUGAAAAUCACAUAUACUCUUUAAAUUAGUAUCUCACUUUUGGUUAUUACAUACUCUGCAAUAUAAAUUGAUGUGAAUAUUCCCAGGUGACAUGCCAUGUAUUGAAAUUACCAGAAACACAGAAGUCUGGCACUUUGUUUACUUUUAGAACUCUAUUAUUCUACUGUGCCUAUGAUAAAUUUGAAUAUAGGUAGUACCUUUAAUGGAUGAGUGUUGAUGAUGUUUGCUAAUUUAUACUUGUGAGUUCACUACACAUGAUGAGCACACUUCACUGAUGAGCCAGCUAGUUUAGGAGUGGUGGUACCUUCUUCCCUCAUGUGUAGUGUACAAAAUUUCUAAAUUUCAAAAUGUGUUAGAUUAUCUAGGCACCCAGUUUUCUUGCACAAGAAGAUUAAGAAAUAGAUUGUGCUAAUCAAAUAUUUAAAUGUAGAAAUCUGAAAAAUCCUGUCCCCCUAAAUAUUAGAAACCAAAUUCUUUUUAAUGGUUUCUGAAAAUACUGCCUAGUAUUAGCCAGACAGACUGUGUUUCUGUUAACAGGUGCCCUGUAUCUAGAAUUCUCAACAUUUGUACAAGGCCCUAGUUAAAUCCCACCACCACCAAGCAAGACAAAACCAUGCAAAAAUAGUACAUAGUUAAAUGAAACAAGGCAAAAUACCAACAACCCCUUAAAGAAAAUUCUAUUCUGAUCAUCUAUUUUGUGCUUAUGGGCCUGGGGUAGGGCUCACAUGGGUUGGGAGGGCCAGGAGGUUAUGACCUUCUGAUGUCUUCACUAAUUCACCUGAGGUUUAAGUUAUUGAUGCCACCUCCUUUCUCAUUUGUCUUUGUUCAUUGGUUUUCAAUCUUUUGUUCCCUUUUUUUAAUCUUUAGUUCAAAAUCCUGUUUUGUCCUUAGGACCUUAGUGUACUUCCGAAGCUCAUCUGCGGUGACCUUCACUGUUGAACCUGAUUGGACAGGGAAGCCUUAAACAUUUAAAGUAUUUUCUCCUGGAAUAAGUAUAUGUGUUGUUUACAUAUAUACAUGUAUGUAUUGACACAUCAGUGCUUUUAAUCAAAAAGAACCAAACUUUUUUGUGCAAGUUUUUUUAAUUUAAGAUAAAAACACUAUAAAGCAGGAUAAAGUUAAUUGAUUAUAUUUUGUUUUAGUAAAAGUAUUUUUAAAUUAUGUAUAAUUUAUCUAAUAAUAUAUUUAUUCAUUUAUUGUAUUUAUGUUGUGAUUAACAAAAUCAUCGACCUGAUUUAUCGUAGGAAUUCUUAAGCUCUUGAAAAUGAAAGAAGCCUCGACAGGUCUCUCUUUACCAAAAAUGCUGUAUUUUCUGUCUACCAAGAAGAGCGAUGAGACUAUGAGACCAAGUUUCUCGUGUGUUUACGGAAGACAGGGUUAUCUGUCUUUAAAUAGCUUUGAAAUCAUGAGUUUGCAUCAUAUCACAUCAGAUAAUUUUGUAGUUCUUUUAGAAAAUGAUGGUCAAUACUUAUCACUCCAGUUUUCAAUAUCAAAAUCUAAAGGACCCUUUCUCCAAUUUGAGAAAGAGGGUGGGUGUACAAUUAAGGUAACUUGAGUUUUUAAUCUUUGAAAGAUUGCCAUCUUGUGGCAAUAGGUGGUAAUUUUAGUAGUUAUUUUAAUAGCAAUAUUUAGUCCUGUUUUGUCUAAUGUGUUUUAUGGAUGUGACAUAAUUUUGACUUCUCCAAAUGUAUGCAUACCCUUUGUGUGUGUGUGUGUGUGUGUGUGUGUGUGUAUGGGAGGGAAAUACCUGCUCAUAAUAUUUUUCUAAUUAUGAAUGGGAGGCUUUGAAAUAAGGAAAUUAUUGGAUUCCUUACCUCUAAUUACAAUAUCCUCAACAGUUUUGAAGGCAGGAAAGUUGCCAGAAUACUCUCUUAGUCUAGUGAAUUUGGUGUUAGGAGCUUGCUCAUCGCAAAACUACUUUGUUUGAAUAAUUAUGAUGCUAUUGGAGAACUAAAAAUUAUUUACUAUUAUCUUAUUUGUUCCAUUGUUUAUUAAUACCCAGAUUGACAGUUGCCUAUUGAAUUUCAGGAGAACUGAAGGUCAUUUUAUUUCUUUUCUUUUAACAUUUCAAAAUAUAAUUAUUUUGUGAGUCUAGGUGAUAGGAUAAAUUGGUUUGCAGAGAGAAUUUGGUGACUCAUCUAGCAAAAUAGAAGCUAGAAUUUUGUCAUAGCAUAGGUAUUUUUGUUUGUUUGUUUGUUUUGAGGCUGAGCUUCUCUGUGUAACAGUCCUAGAACUAGUGUCCUGGAACUAGUUCUUGUUGACCAGGCUGGCUUCGAAUUCACAGAGAUCCGCCUGCCUCUGCCUCCCGAGUGCUGGCAUUAAAGGUGUGCGCCACCACCACCCAACUCAUAGCACAGUUUUUUUUUUCUUUGCUCUUGGGAACAGAGAAGGAAAGACUGCUUUGCAAAUUUUAAAGUUCUCACACUUCAGUCAACACUGGACAUAGCAAGUAUUGAGUUAAUAUCAGGCUAACCUAGGGAUAAUUACUGUUAGGUUAUAAGUGGGGGCCUUAUUUAUGCCCCGGAAAUGGAUUCCAUCUUGUUCUAAAAUAGCAUUUCCUAAAUCAAAGAAAUACCACGGACUCAUUUUGAAAAACAUUGUGUUCUGUGCUGCACUUUACAGAAGCAGCACUAAAAUAUUUGAUGAGUUCGUUCAGAAAAAGGCCACAUAAUUGUGUGUGGCCCUACUUUGCCUGAACUAGUUUACUGUUUUUAAACAUCUGCUGAGGAUGUUGCUUACCCGUAAUCCCACUGGGGAGCAUGAGGCAGGAAGAUACUUUGAGGCCAAACUAGACUAGAUAGAUAUCAAGACCCUGUUUCAUGAGGUAAACAAUAAAGAAGCCUGAACAUCCCAUAAGAAAGUAUGGAAAACAGCUGUCCCCAAGUGCCACACCCAGUGUGGUCGUGACACUUCAGACAGCACUCCUUCCCUUUCACUUGCUGUGGACAGCCUGAUUCAGGUUCAGAGCCACGCCCUUUACCAUGCGGGUAUGCUUAUCCAGAGCCCGCAGCUUGUGUCACAGCUUGGGUUUCUUAAUCAGACUGAUGUUUUUUAGGUAGAAUUUCCAUUCUGUUCUUCACUCAGUGGAUGACUGGAAAGUCUUAGACAAGGUUACUUAUGAAAAACCAGAGGAAUAAGAGACCAGUGACUUUCUGGUGUUGCUUCAUGGAGAGCCAGUCAGUUUGAAUUCAUUCAAAAUUGAUGGCCACUGAACAUUUUCUAAGUACUUUGAUUUGGGAAACCAAAAUCGAAGUUGUCUCAAAUGAAGUCUAAAGGGAGAGAGAAAAGCAAACCAUUCACAAGUUAGGGUUUUGUUUGGAUGAAGAAACCAUUUUAGAGCCCCUUGCAACCUCUGGUCAUGUGCAGAGAGAAGCCAGGGGCCCAAGCUAAGCGGAAAUAUGUGUCCUCGUGUGUCAGGGAAGUGGCUUAUUUAGCACAGUGAAGUCUCUACGUCAUGCAAGUAAGUCUUCAAAGAUACUUAUAUAGUUCUGGGUGUCCUUUUUUCUUAGCUAGUUUGUACUCAGGGAAUACAAAUUUAAUACUUGAGAUAAAAUGAAAUAUAAUUGGAAAAUAAUCAUAAACAACCAAAUCAGAUUUUUAUACUGCUUUAGGUGUAGUAUCUACUAACAUGUAAGCAUGCUCAGUUAAUGUGGGCCCCACAUUGAUUUAUACAAUUUAAUAUCCUGAAACAUACCUACCACAGACCCUACGGCUCUGUCUGCUCACUGGUUAGUAAGUUAAACUACUGUGAAGUCUCCUAUAAAAAUGUGGGAUCUUCUCAUAGACCUGUGUGGUUUGUGUUGGUUUAAAGACCUGAAACUCUUCAGUCUGGCAUAUCUCUACCUGUUACCUUUCCUUCAGUUACCUAUGACUUUAAAGUAGGAAUCAGGAUUUCAGCAGUUCUCAGCAACUCCGUUGAAAAGUUUGGGUGAAGGCUGUGUGCAUGUCUGAGGAAGUUCCAUCUUGGACUCGGCCUCAAUUGUGAGAUCCCAAGAUGCAAGGGAUAGAGAGAAUUGCUAGUGCCCCUUUGAGCUCUGAAGUUCUGCCUUGUUUACUUCUUGAGAGAAUUUGUGUUAGUGUUCUCUUUUUAUGUAUCUGUAUUUUUAUAUUGGUAUGAAGGCUCUGUCCUGGUUUGAGGCAUUUCAAAGGUGUAAACACAGCUCCGUGGACGGCCGGAGCGCAAAUCAAGAGCCCCACGUGAAUUGAGCAUUAGUCAGAAAAUGGCUGAUAAUCUGGUGGUAGUGCUAACAAUUUCCAGCUCUGUUCAUGUCCCCUUUCAGUGACCAGUCCAGUGAGCAGGGACAGCAGCCUCUCCAUAAGUCGUGAGUGCCUCACGUGGAUUCAGUGGUACCAGUCACUUAACCUUUCUUCUGGGCUGAACAGUUGGAGUUUGUGAGACAUCUGAUAGGCAAGUACUAAAACUGAACACUGGUGUAUUGCUUGUGAGUCCUGGAGUGACACACAGUAGUUGUAACUGAAUUUAUCUAGUUUAAUCAUAAAAGCUAGUUGAUUGUACUAGUUAGAUGUAAUUAUGUGAAAUAUUUAUGAUUAUAUUGAUUUUUAUAAGUAUAAGUUAUUGAGGGUGCUUGAAAUAUAGAAAAAUUUAUAGAACGUAAUUUUUUUCUUCAAUUUUAUUUAUGUGAUUUUGGGGUGUGGGAAGCUUUUUACUGGGAAUUGAACCCAGGGCUUCACAUGCGUGAACCAAGUGCUUGACCACGGACCUAAACUCCCUGCCCUUAUUAUGUGAUUCUUAAAGUACACUCUCUUUUUAUAGAGGAAAACUAGCCCAAGUCCCUCUCUAAGUUGUGACUGUUAGCAAACACAGGCUUAUCUAAAUUUCAUAUUGGUGACUUUUUAUUUUGUGCAGAAAUGAUUUGACACUUUUUUCAUAGAGCACUCUCUAUGAACGACCUGGUCACUACUGGCUUGAAAGAGGUUCUCUCAAGCUUUUUAAAACUUGGAAACGCAACUUAAUUUAGUGAGCUUUAAAGCAUCCAUAUAGGUAUAUGUACAUAAACAUACACAUUAUUUCAAUAAGUAAGUGACUUCUUUACCAGCCUUUCCUUGAAUAUUUGUGAUGUGGUUGAUAGCACUGGUUAUAGCAUGAGGAACAGGACCCACAGUCUAGACUGUGUUAAGUUUUGAUUAAACUUCUUCAGCCAUAACCUGAUAAGAAUCAGGUCCCAUCUAGAAGUUCUCAGACUGCAGGCCUGUAUUUUGUGAGCCAACAUCAAUGUUUACUGCCAGCCAUGUACAGCAAUGCCGUUUGUAACUGCAUGUGACUUUUGGUAACUAGAGUUUGUGUCUAUUAGCAGUUCGGAUUUUAUAGAAGUAAUUCGCAGUUAUUUGGACAAGCAGGGUGGGUCAAUUCAACUAUAUUUAAAGUGCAAUUAAGGAAAUUAUAGGGUAUAAUAUUCUUUCCAGUUUUAAAAAAUAGUUAAGGAUUUGUAGAAUGUCCUAGAAUGAAGAAAAAUUUGAAAAUAGACUUUUUUUUAAAAAAAGGUUUAUACAGUGAUUUUUUUUUUUUAAAUUCAAGAUUUGCUACUUUGUGUUAAAGUUUUAAGGAAAAACAGAAGCCUCCUAGGAAAAAAGAAUUGCAUUUUUAUUUUUCUCCUAUUAAUAUGAAUGUGCAUUUUCAUAGCUAAAAGUCUCUUGUAAACAAUAUUUGUUACCAAAUGAAGCCCAUUUUUCUAGAUGGAGAACAUUUUCCAAAAAUGGAAGAGACAUAGACCCACAGUCUACACAAAGAAAGAAACAGUUCCUGGUGCCUUCUCAAAUAACUGCAGAGAAAAAGCAUAUUAAAGCAAACACACGAUCAAACUCCAUUUUCUUUUGAGUUUUCUGUUUCCCUGUGAGCUGCCCCACAAAGGGUCACGUGGUUUGCUUCUGCCUCUUCAGUUCCACUUGACCAAACCUCACACCAUCACCACUAGAAGUUCUUCACUGAAUAGAGUUUCUGUUUCAUUUAUAUCACUUUUAAAAGCCACCUGGGCAAAUAUUUGGCUACUUUCUUGUGCUUUAAAAAAUGAAUGCAAUUACUAGCAAUCUUUAUGUUUUAAAGUAUAUAAAGGAAAGAAACGCAGAGUUGAAGACCGAGUCUAAUUGAAAUCGAAUUCACUGUUUGCUCCUAUCGCAGCACAGCUUUGUGACCCUGUGUAGUUCUCUCUUGUACAAAAUGUGGAUAAUAACCUACCUCACAGAUGUGUGUGAGAAGCUGUUUGAAAACCUGGAAGUGGGGUUUAUAGUCACACAUUCAGCGUCAGUCUUGGCUUUUUUACUAGACAACUUUGAUACCGACAGGAUGAGUAUCUCGUUUUUAGGUGUCGUAUGUAAUAAGAGCAUAGUGCUAAGAAUGUUUAAGACACAGUUUCACAAAUUAUAGUGUUCUUAUUGUAAGACACUUCAAAUUUCCUGAAAACCUCAAAUAUCUAAGUAUCAAAAUGUCUUUUGUUUUAGUAAAUAUUGUUAUUCAGAAUGUUGACUGAAGCUGCCUUAAUGUACCAAAAUACAGCUUUCUGUCAAGACUGUUCACAAAUACCAUGGUUGUACUGUUUUGAGUGUUGAUUGUGAAGUUGUUAUGAACUAUGACCUUGAAGGAUAGUAUUUUGAUAUUAUUUUGGGGGCAAUGAUUGUGUUUUUAAUCACGUUUCACUUCUAUACAGUGUUUUUUGAGUGUAAACAAUAAAAUUGAAAGUUGACAGAUACUAGAUGAUGUGUAUGGUCAUAACAUAUUACUGGAUAGUAAUUACUUGAUUUGUUUUUCAGGAACACCAUUUAUCUUUAGCCUGUAAAAUAGUCCCAUGAUGUGUUACUCCUUAGUGCAGGGCUAGAGUAUGUCUCUAUUUGAAAACAUUGUUAAAUGACUGAAAUGGAACUACUUUUUACAUUGGUUUCAGAACAGAAGACAACAGACUCACAGUGAUUUUGUUUAAAUAACUAUAGAUUCUAAUUUCACUUUUAUUUGUUAAUGCAUUUUUGUGAGUUAAAUGAUUGGUGGGAAGGAUUUUUCUUCAGUAACCAUGUAGAAAAGAUUAGUGAAUUUCAAAGCAUUUCAUAUUUGCAGGUUCUGUCUAAUUAAUGUUUGCACUCUAUGGAACUCAUUGGCAACACACACAAGAGAAAAUGGCCUGAUUGCGUGUCCACAUUUUCCACAAAAUCCAAUUAAAAUCUGGUUAAUUUGAAAGCUA